CUCUGUGUUUUCAGAACAGCAGCAGCCCACAUUUUUUUGAAAAGAAGAAGAAAAAGAAUAGAGUGAAUAAUAAUUAUUAAAAAUAUAUAAAAAAUGGAAAAACCAGAAAAGAAAAGGGUGCUAUUAUUCUACUGUGUUGAAUCGGAACAACUUGCUCGCAAAAUUGCUUCUCAAUCUCCCCACAUUCACCUUCAAUCCAUUAACUGGAGGAGUUUUGAUGACGGAUUUCCUAACUUAUUCAUAAACAAUGCACAAGAUAUCAGAGGCCAACAUGUGUCUUUUCUCGCAUCUUUCAGCUCCCCGGCUGUAAUAUUUGAGCAGUUAUCGGUUAUCUUUGCACUUCCAAGGCUCUUUGUGGCUUCUUUCACGUUGGUAUUACCUUUCUUUCCAACUGGAUCCUUUGAAAGGAUGGAAGAAGAAGGCGACGUUGCUACUGCUUUCACCAUGGCGAGGAUAUUAUCAAACAUUCCGAUAUCGAGAGGUGGUCCCACUAGCAUAGUCAUAUAUGACAUACAUGCUUUGCAGGAAAGAUUCUACUUUAGCGACAAUGUUUUGCCUUUUUUUGAAACCGGGAUUCCUCUCCUGAAGCAACGUCUUCACCAGCUUCCUGAUGCUGAUAAUAUUGUAAUUGCCUUUCCUGAUGAUGGAGCUUGGAAACGAUUCCACAAGCAGCUGGACCAUUAUCCCAUGGUGGUCUGUGCUAAGGUUCGCGAGGGUGAUAAAAGAAUAGUACGGCUGAAAGAAGGUAAUCCUGAAGGUUGUCAUGUUGUAAUUGUUGAUGAUCUGGUGCAAUCUGGAGGCACUUUAAUUGAAUGCCAGUUUUGGCAGCUCAUGGUGCAACCAAAGUUAGUGCGUAUGUUACUCAUGCAGUGUUCCCUAAAAACUCCUGGCAGAAAUUUAUUCACAAAAAUGGUGAAAACUCGAAUAAGGCAUUUGCCUUCUUUUGGGUCACUGAUUCCUGCCCCCCUACGGUCAAAAGCAUUGAAAACAAAGCCCCUUUUGAAGUCUUGAGUCUUGCCGGAUCUAUUGCAGAUGCACUACAAAUAUGAUGGUCUGUGAUUUGGAGUAUUUAACAAUUAAACCAAGUAUUUAAACUAUGGCGAUGGCUGAUUUUUUCGCCCAUAACUUCAGAUUUUCUGUGUGUGCCUUUGAUGCAAUUGCAAUUCAGUUAAUGCAUCUUCACGUAACAGGCUUGGGUUCCUAAUAACAAAGAAAGACAAGUACAAAUGUUCUAUUUAACAUUUGACAUUCCUUACUAACGCCAUUUGAAGGAGAAUGAUAUUUGAGAUAUUAUAAUUGUCGUGAACAACCAUUACCGUGUUUAGUUACAGAAAAUAAAUUAAGAGCUUUAGCUCGUGGAGUUGUGUAACGGUCAUUCACUUAGGUCUAGUGUGAUGAAGCUUCAGCUCUUCUAUUUCCAUUCCUCGUAUGUUUUCAACUUGUUGAUUGCUAUGUUAGUCAAAAUACCUAAUAAGAUUUCAAACUCA